UAAGAUGGCUGGCGUUAUGAGAAAGACUAUUGACUGGUUUAAAAUUGCUUGGGCAAGGGAGCCUGUGCUGUUUAUGUCAUGUGUUUUUGGAAUAUCAGGUCCAAUCUUUGCACUGGUCAGUCCAUGGACAAAAGAUACAGUUGCCACAAUGAAAUCAAUACCCCAUGUUUACCCAUAUCCUCAGUUAGAAGAUCAAGAUUUGAGUGAUGUUGACAGCCAUGGAGAUAAUAUUUUCAAAGUUAAAUAUCUUUUUUGACAGCCUACUUGUUCUGAGCAGAGAUGUGUCAUUUUUUUACUUGUACAAAGUUGAUUUUGCAUGUUUGAUAAUUUCCUGAGAGUGAGGUAGUAUACCCUGUUACAGCAGAAAUAAGAAUUGAUCAGUGGAAUGCUCAUGUAUUAUCAAUUGUGUGAAAGUUUGUUACUUGUGAGCCACUCCAAAUAAAGUCAAACCUUGGUGUUGACAA